AUGGCAGACGCAGAGCUCGAAGAGAUCAGAAAAGCUCGCCUGGCACAGCUCCAGCAGCAGGGUGGUGGCCCCUCCGGUGACGAUGACCAGCGAAGCAAGGAGUCCGAGGCCCGCCAGUCGAUACUCAACCAGAUCCUCCUCCCCGAAGCCGCAGACAGACUCGGACGCAUCAGACUCGUCAAGGAGUCCCGCGCCACAGACAUAGAGAACAGGCUGAUCAUGCUCGCCAGGUCCGGGCAGCUGCGCCAGAAGGUCACCGAGGAGCAGCUCAAGGAACUACUCAAUGCAGUCGCCGAGAACAAGGAGGAGAAGAAGAUAGUCAUCAACCGCCGCGGAGGAUGGGACGACGAUGACGACCUCUUGGACCUAUAA